AUGCGCCCGAAGCGGUUGUCGGGGAGGCUGAAGACGUUCUUGAUGUCGCUGUUGCUGAGUCCGUUGAGCGCGCCCUUGACGUUGGCGAAAACGCGCACAGGAAAAGAAUCGGUCGGCAACAUGGUCGCUGUUUGCGCAUGGAACGCGUUGUUUACAGCUAGUCGUGUGGCGUUUUCUGGCGUCACGAAUACAGCAUGGGCGCCGACAUUGUCGUUCCUUGCUACCGCUGCUGAUGCAGCAGCAGCAGCGUGCUCGUUAGGCCGUGCGCCUACUCGACUAUUGAUGAGCUUGGCGAAUGUUGGCGUCCCAUUACCGAGCCGUGCGAGGCGGCAGCCGUCGUCCCACUCGGGGUCGCUCCGGAAGCGCACCGAUUAUUCAAGCAGUACGACGGUGGGGAAUUUUCGCCACAGGUCGAAUCCUUCGGCGUCGGCAGUUGUCGGCUUUCGAUUUACAGGAGGGCAAGGUAAAUGGGGUCCGCCUUCACGGGCGGCAUCUGCAUGA